AUCCUCUCUUAUUCUUAUAUCAAUCUCUCUCCAAACACAACACAAAACAAAAAAAGAAACAGACCAUUUCCAACGUUUGAAUUUUGACUGAAGACACAAAACAGCGACAAGGAACAACAUGUCUUGCUCCGUCGCAGUUUCAAACUCGCCGGUGUUUUCUCCUUCUUCUUCCCUCUUCUGCACCAAGCCUUCCAUCAUCUCUUCUUCACCGGAAUCUCUUUCCCUCUCUCUCUCUCAUCUCAAACCCUCCAACUCUUCUACGGCGUCGUCUUGCUCCUCCCCUUCUUCUUCUUCUUCCCCUUCCUCUCCCUUUCGCCUUCGCCUUCCUAAGCCCUCCACCUCCCCAAACGCCACCGUUUUGAAGAGGAAGAGACCUGCUAGGCUUGACAUACCUGUUUCUUCUCUCACCUUUGGGGUUCCUCCCACGCCCUCCGCGGCGGCGCGUGAUGUCGUCGAGGCUGAGGGAGAUGGGUUUUCUGUGUAUUGCAAAAGGGGAAGGAGGGAGUACAUGGAGGAUCGUUACACCGCCGGGGAUAAUCUACGCGGAGACCACAAAUUGGCUUUUUUCGGCAUAUUUGAUGGACAUGGAGGUGCAAAAGCUGCUGAAUUUGCUGCGAAUAAGUUAGAAAAGAAUGUCUUGGAUGAAGUGAUUUUGAGAGAUGAAGACGAUGUUGAGGAGGCAGUGAAGCGGGGUUACCUCAACACGGAUUCAGAUUUCUUGAAAGAGGAUCUCCAUGGUGGCUCUUGCAUUGUAACAGCAUUGAUUAGGAACGGUAACCUAGUUGUGUCCAACGCCGGCGAUUGCCGUGCUGUCAUCAGCAGAGGAGGUGUUGCCGAGGCCCUAACCUCUGAUCACCGACCUUCAAGGGAAGAUGAAAGGGACAGAAUUGAGACCCUGGGUGGCUAUGUUGAUCUAUGCCGCGGAGUUUGGAGGGUCCAGGGAUCUCUGGCUGUAUCUAGGGGAAUCGGAGAUCGACACCUGAAGCAAUGGGUGACAGCUGAACCUGAGACCAAAGUUCUCAGAAUCGAACCUGAACAUGACUUGUUAAUAUUAGCUUCAGAUGGAUUAUGGGAUAAGGUUAGUAAUCAGGAAGCAGUAGAUAUUGCUCGUCCUUUUUGUGUAGGAACCAACAAACCUCAACCAUUGCUAGCUUGUAAAAAGCUUGUAGAUUUGUCUGUUUCACGAGGCUCUAUGGAUGAUACAAGUGUAAUGCUAAUCAAAUUGGAGCACUAUAUUUGAAGUUUCAUUAUCAUUUAGUAAAAGAGUAGAAGGUGGUGUCCAAGGUUUUAAAUUGCAGUUGCAGAAUGUGAUUUUGAUCCUUGGUUGGGGUAUGAUGAUAGAGUAGAAUAAUUCUUUAGUGUAUAUAUUUUUCUGACGACAAUAUUGGGAUUUUUUGUACCCGGAGGUGGGGAGGUUUAUUAACAAAAUAACGUUUAGUAAAUUUUUUCAUAGCAAUAUUGGUGUAAUAAGCAUUUGAUAAGUUAUACAUUAUAUUAUUUUGGUAAUUCAUUUAUUUUUUACACACAAGUUUUUGUGAUAUUUAUUAUUUCCCUUUUUGAGUUACAUAAAUUCAAAGUUGUGGAAUGAUUCAAUCAAAUAACCUGCCAAGUAAGCCGUGGGUGUUGUGAAAUUGACAGCAUAAUCAAACGGUUAGAUAUUUGAUUGACCAAUUGGCUUGAAUAGUUUUGCUUCUUCUGUCUUACGAAUUUGACGGUUUUUUUAUUUUUUGGUCAGCGAAUUUGACAGCUUAAUCAAGACGCGCUUGCAUUUGUUAUUUUGCAAUAAAUAGUUUUGGGCCUUAAUUUGUAAUCUAAUUAUUGCUUUCAAGUUCCAUCACCCUGCGUGAUUAUCUCAAACAAUGGGAGGGUUAAAUAUUACUUCGAGCCCACUGUUCUAUACAACGUGAAUUUGAUCCCACUUGCCCGAACUGUUGCUAUUUAGAUUCAUAAUCAAUGCUUUGCUUCUAAAUAUAGUAAUAUAAAAUUGAUUUAGAUGUUCAUGCUUUAUAU